CGCGUCUUUGCGUCUGUUUCUUUCCACCGGACGAAACCAGACCAGCGCAAAUAAUAUCCCCUAUAGCACGCUCCGGACCGACGGGCACGUUGCUUACUUAUUGUGUUCCGUGGCUGGCCAAGUCUCGGGCGACGAGCAUCAUAUAAUAGCGCUCUCCCCGUCCUCCACCGACGCACCUACUCGUGGCAAACCACCACGCCCUCCCAUCCUUGCAUACCACCACCAUCAAAAGACAAGCCUCGGUUCCGCUUAGGCCGACCAAGCUAGGAUGAAGACCCUCCUCCGGCCCAUCGCGGGUAGCGCCGUUCGCCUACCCAUAGAGCACAUCGUUGGCUUCCUCGUCGUCUCGACCGUCGCCUACUUCCACGUCCUCGACGCCAUCAAGCACUCCUCCUUCUUCGCCCCGGUCCCCUCCGCGGCCUCCCUGCGCCCCGCGCACGCCCUCCUCCGUGCGCCUGGCGACGCUUGGGUGAGCGUUCCGCAGAGCGUCUGGCUCGACGCGCUCUCUGCCGACGCAGACGACUCGACGACCGCACGCCCGCUCGAGUUGCAGCAGUUCGUCUUUUCGCUCGCUUCUGGCGCUUCGGCUUCUCCGAAGAGCCGGCUUCUUGACAGCGCCGCCCACGCGCUUACGCAGGACGUCGUUUCCUCCUCCGGCAACGCGUACUCGACCCUCUGCUACACCCCGGAAUCCACCAACACCACCUCGGCCGCCUGCUUCGCCUACACCUCCCCGCGCACGCACGACCUCACGCUCGCCUUCGCCCCCGGCGCGCGCGAUGCUUUCCUCGCCGCGCUCAAGCGCCGCUCCCCGCUCACUCUCGCCGACUCGGCCCUUGAGCUUCACCUCGAAUCGUCCGGCGCCGCCUCAGCCGCCCCUCAAGACUCGGCGAUCGCGAGCAUGAAGUCCGGCCGGUGGGUCGCGCACGCGCUCCGCGCGACCGUCGCCCGCUUCUGGGCGCUCGCGCAGCACGCAAACAGCCUCGACAUCCUCCUCGUCCUCGCCGGCUACAUCGCGAUGCACAUCACCUUCGUACGCCUCAUGCUCUCCUCCCGCGCGCUCGGCUCCCACUUCUGGAUCCCAACCGCGAUCCUGCUCAGCUCGACGCUCUCCUUCAUCGUCAGCCUCCCGAUCUCGACCGCGCUCGGCAUCCAGCUCGACCCGAUCAGCCUCAGCGAGGCGCUGCCGUUCAUCGUCUGCACCGUCGGCUUCGACAAACCCCUCCGCCUCGCUGGCGCCGUCUUCCGCCACCCGCACCUGCUCACGCCCCCGACGAGCGGGUCGUCGCUCGCCAGCCCCGGCGGAGCGUCCCGUCAGCCCGCGUUCAAGCCCGCAAGCGAGGUCAUCUUGGAGGCGUUCGAUCAGGUCGGCAACGGCAUCCUGCGUGACUAUCUGCUCGAGAUCGCGGUCCUCCUCGGCGGCGCGUACUCGAAGGUCGGCGGAUUGAAGGAUAUAUGCGCUCUCGCCGCGCUGCUGCUCACUAUUGACUGUAUCGCGCUCGGCACGUUCUACGUUUCGCUUCUCAGCGUCAUCGUCGAGGUUCGCAGGAUCAAGCAGCUUCGUCAAGCCGCCAAGUUCGGCGUUGCGCCCAUGCACAAGGCGAACAGCGCAACCGGCGCCGUGCACCCCCGCAUCGAGGGCCUCACUCUCGCGCAGAAAUGGUCUGCGGCCGUGCUCGGCGUCAAGGGCGCGAUGCUGCACAGCAAGGUGGACGCGAAGGGCGACCGCCAGAAGCCCGCGACGAAGAUCAAGCUUGCUUUGAUCGUCACGUUCCUGGGUCUCCACGUGCUCAACUUCUCUUCGGCCCUCACGUCCGACACGGCGAUCGCCCGGUACAACACCCACAACGUCCCGGCCGCCGCCGUCGAGACCGACCGCCUGAGCCACAAGGUCGACAUCGCCGCGCCCGCCGUCUCGGAGGCGCUCGCGAGCCUCGCCGCUGCUCACACCGCCGAGGUCCCGCUGCUCGUUAAGGUCGCACCACCCGUCCACAUUCGCGUUGGCUCAGCAGCUUCCGCAUCGGGUUCCAGCGCGUCGCACCCCGCGGUGUCGUCUCCCGCCGCGGAGGAGUCGGCUAUCGAGGACUUCAUGGAGUCGUGGACGCGCCUCGUCGGCGACCCCGUCCUCAGCAAGUGGAUCGUCGGCUUGCUCGCGGUCAGCGUCGCGCUCAACGGGUACCUCAUGAAGGGAAUCGUCGUCGCCAGCUCCGGGUCCUCGCCCAAACCCUCUCCCGGAGUUCGCUUCCACGCGCUCGCGGAGGAGAAGCACGUCGACCGCGAGAUGCCGGUCUCGUUCGCCGCCGCCGCCAUCGCGCCCAUCCCGAUUCGCGCCGACAACGAGCUCGGGUUGAGGUUGGACGCGGUGGACAAGAAGUUGGAGGAGGCGAGGAAGCUCGAGGAGGAGCAGAUCAAGAAGGGGCUGCCGACCCCGAGUGUCACCCCACCCGUGCAGGACAGCCCGCCGGAGCCUGCGCCUCAACACCGCGCCGACCGUCCCGGUCCUCUCAGCUUGGCCACAAGGGGCGAGAGCGAGGGAUACGUCAAGAAGGAGAGCGUUGGCCCCGUCCGAUCUUUGGAGGAGUGCCUCGACAUUUUCGAGAACGGACCGAAGCCGGUGUCGGUGGCACUUGCGACGCUGACGGACGAGGAGGUCAUCAUGCUCGCACAAAACGGCAAGAUCGCUCCGUACGCGUUGGAGAAGAUCCUCGGUGACUUGGAACGAGCUGUCUUCAUCCGGCGCGCACUCAUUUCCCGCGCCUCGGUCACGAAGACUCUCGAGCACUCUGAUGUCCCCAUGUCCGGCUACGACUACUCAAAGGUCAUGGGUGCGUGUUGCGAGAACGUCAUCGGUUACAUGCCCAUCCCCCUCGGUGUCGCUGGCCCGCUCAAGAUUGACGGCGAGUUGUUCCCGAUUCCUAUGGCCACCGCUGAAGGUACCUUGGUCGCGUCGACCUCUCGUGGAUGCAAGGCGCUCAAUGCCGGCGGCGGAGUCACUACGGUUCUCACCCACGACGCAAUGACCCGCGGUCCCGCCAUCGACUUCCCUACGAUCGUUCAGGCUGCCUCCGCACGCGAAUGGCUCGAGUCAGAAGAUGGCUACGCCACUAUCAAGGCGGCGUUCGAGUCGACCUCCCGGUUUGCGCGACUGCAGCGGCUCAAGUGCGCGAUGGCGGGUCGGACGCUCUUCGUCCGCUUCGCGACUCAGACGGGUGACGCUAUGGGCAUGAACAUGAUCAGCAAGGGAACGGAGAAGGCGCUCGAAGUCCUCGGCGAGCGAUACCCGGCAGCCGUCGUUCUCGCGCUGUCGGGCAACUAUUGCACGGACAAGAAGCCGGCCGCGAUCAACUGGAUCGAGGGACGGGGCAAGAGUAUCGUCGCCGAGGCUGUGAUCCCUGGCAAGAUCGUCAAGUCGGUGCUUAAGACGAGCGUGGAUGCGUUGUGCAACUUGAACACGAAGAAGAACCUAGUGGGCAGUGCGAUGGCUGGCUCAAUCGGCGGAUUCAACGCUCAUGCGGCGAAUAUCCUCACGGCUGUCUUCCUCGCGACGGGCCAGGAUCCGGCACAGAACGUCGAGAGCUCACAGUGCAUAACUCUCAUGGAGCCAACCAACAAGGGUGAAGACCUCCUCAUGACUGUCUCCAUGCCCUGCAUCGAAGUCGGCACCGUUGGCGGCGGCACCAUCCUCGGCCCUCAAGGCGCGGUUCUCGACAUGCUUGGCGUUCGCGGCGCGCACCCUACUGAACCCGGCCGCAACGCACGGCAGCUCGCGCGGAUCAUCGCCGCCGCCGUCAUGGCCGGCGAACUCUCGCUCAUGUCCGCGCUCGCGGCGGGCCACCUCAUCCGCGCGCACAUGGCGCACAACCGUUCGCAGGUGAACACGCCCGUCACGUCGCGCCCGGUGACCCCUGGACCGUUCGGACCCGCGGCGGGCGAGAUGUGGGCGACGGGCGAUAAGCAGAAGCCUGGACGGGGCGUGCUCAGCCCGCUGAGCUCGAUGACGCCCGCGGCUCCGACGCCGGCGCCGAUGACGCCCGUGACGAGGACGGUGCAGCCGUAUAACGUCGAUUCUGGCAAGCCGUGAAGGGUGUAGUCCAUUCAUCGGUCGUUCUUCUCCUGCCGCAUUAGAGAGGACCUUUAUCCGGGAGUUGUGUAUGAUGUCUCUUAUGCUGAUUAUUUGCUAGCCCUCCCUCCUAUUAACCCAUUAUUCAUUCGCAUUCAUCGCAUUCUCUUUCUCCUUUCCCUCUCUUUCUCGUCUGCCCUCCGCAUCGUUUGCACCGACGCCGCAACACACAACACUCAGACAGACAUCCACUACCUGCAUUCGUCAUGCUGUUACUGUACAUACAAACGUUACUGUGCAUUAGAAAUCGGAAAUAGAAACCGGAAUACAAACAAUACAAACAUCAUC